AUGUCCGAAAAGGUGAGGCAACCAAGGUGGGGCUCUUGUCCACCUGUGCACUCCUGUGCCCACCUGUUCCUGUCUGUGCCCGCCUGUGCCCACCUGUUCCCGUCUGUGCCCACCUGUUCCUGUCUGUGCCCACCUGUGCACUCCUGUUCCCACCUGUUCCUGUCUGUGCCCGCCUGUGCCCACCUGUUCCUGUCUGUGCCCACCUGUUCCUGUCUGUGCCCGCCUGUGCCCACCUGUUCCUGUCUGUGCCCACCUGUGCACUCCUGUUCCCACCUGUUCCUGUCUGUGCCCGCCUGUGCCCACCUGUUCCUGUCUGUGCCCACCUGUGCACUCCUGUUCCCACCUGUUCCUGUCUGUGCCCACCUGUGCACUCCUGUUCCCACCUGUUCCUGUCUGUGCCCGCCUGUGCCCACCUGUUCCUGUCUGUGCCCGCCUGUGCCCACCUGUUCCCGUCUGUGCCCACCUGUUCCUGUCUGUGCCCACCUGUGCACUCCUGUUCCCACCUGUUCCUGUCUGUGCCCGCCUGUGCCCACCUGUUCCUGUCUGUGCCCACCUGUGCCCACCUGUUCCUUUCUGUGCCCACCUGUUCCUGUCUGUGCCCGCCUGUGCCCACCUGUUCCUGUCUGUGCCCACCUGUGCGCUCCUAUUCCCACCUGUUCCUAUCUGUGCCCGCCUGUUCCCACCUGUUCCUGUCUGUGCCGACCUGUGCACUCCUGUGCCCACCUGUUCCUGUCUGUGCCCGCCUGUGCCCACCUGUUCCCGUCUGUGCCCACCUGUUCCUGUCUGUGCCCACCUGUGCACUCCUGUUCCCACCUGUUCCUGUCUGUGCCCGCCUGUGCCCACCUGUUCCUGUCUGUGCCCACCUGUGCACUCCUGUUCCCACCUGUUCCUGUCUGUGCCGACCUGUGCACUCCUGUUCCCACCUGUUCCUGCCUGUGCCCACCUGUUCCUGUCUGUGCCCGCCUGUGCCCACCUGUUCCCGUCUGUGCCCACCUGUUCCUGUCUGUGCCCACCUGUGCACUCCUGUUCCCACCUGUUCCUGUCUGUGCCCGCCUGUGCCCACCUGUUCCUGUCUGUGCCCACCUGUGCCCACCUGUUCCUUUCUGUGCCCACCUGUUCCUGUCUGUGCCCGCCUGUGCCCACCUGUUCCUGUCUGUGCCCACCUGUGCACUCCUGUUCCCACCUGUUCCUGUCUGUGCCCGCCUGUGCCCACCUGUUCCUGUCUGUGCCCACCUGUGCCCACCUGUUCCUUUCUGUGCCCACCUGUUCCUGUCUGUGCCCGCCUGUGCCCACCUGUUCCUGUCUGUGCCCACCUGUGCGCUCCUAUUCCCACCUGUUCCUAUCUGUGCCCGCCUGUUCCCACCUGUUCCUGUCUGUGCCGACCUGUGCACUCCUGUGCCCACCUGUUCCUGUCUGUGCCCGCAUGUGCCCACCUGUUCCCGUCUGUGCCCACCUGUUCCUGUCUGUGCCCACCUGUGCACUCCUGUUCCCACCUGUUCCUGUCUGUGCCCGCCUGUGCACUCCUGUUCCCCCCUGUUCCUGUCUGUGCCCGCCUGUGCACACCUGUGCCCACCUGUUCCUGUCUGUGCCCGCCUGUGCACUCCUGUUCCCACCUGUUCCUGUCUGUGCCCGCCUGUGCCCACCUGUUCCUGUCUGUGCCCACCUGUGCCCACCUGUUCCUUUCUGUGCCCACCUGUUCCUGUCUGUGCCCGCCUGUUCCUGUCUGUGCCCACCUGUUCCUGUCUGUGCCCACCUGUGCACUCCUAUUCCCACCUGUUCCUAUCUGUGCCCGCCUGUUCCCACCUGUUCCUGUCUGUGCCGACCUGUGCACUCCUGUGCCCACCUGUUCCUGUCUGUGCCCGCAUGUGCCCACCUGUUCCCGUCUGUGCCCACCUGUUCCUGUCUGUGCCCACCUGUGCACUCCUGUUCCCACCUGUUCCUGUCUGUGCCCGCCUGUGCACUCCUGUUCCCCCCUGUUCCUGUCUGUGCCCGCCUGUGCACUCCUGUGCCCACCUGUUCCUGUCUGUGCCCGCCUGUGCACUCCUGUUCCCACCUGUUCCUGUCUGUGCCCGCCUGUGCCCACCUGUUCCUGUCUGUGCCCACCUGUGCCCACCUGUUCCUUUCUGUGCCCACCUGUUCCUGUCUGUGCCCGCCUGUGCCCACCAGUUCCUGUCUGUGCCCACCUGUGCCCACCUGUUCCUUUCUGUGCCCACCUGUUCCUGUCUGUGCCCGCCUGUGCCCACCUGUUCCUGUCUGUGCCCGCCUGUGCCCACCUGUUCCUGUCUGUGCCCACCUGUGCGCUCCUGUUCCCACCUGUUCCUGUCUGUGCCCGCCUGUGCCCACCUGUUCCUGUCUGUGCCCACCUGUUCCUGUCUGUCCCCGCCUGUGCACUCCUGUUCCCACCUGUUCCUGUCUGUGCCCACCUGUGCCAACCUGUUCCUGUCUGUGCCCGCCUGUGCCCGCCUGUUCCUGUCUGUGCCCACCUGUUCCUGUAUGUGCCCACCUGUGCGCUCCUAUUCACACCUGUUCCUGUCUGUGCCCACCUGUGCCCACCUGUUCCUUUCUGUGCCCACCUGUUCCUGUCUGUGCCCACCUGUGCGCUCCUAUUCCCACCUGUUCCUGUCUGUGCCCGCCUGUUCCUGUCUGUGCCCACCUGUUCCUGUCUGUGCCCACCUGUGCACUCCUGUUCCCACCUGUUCCUGUCUGUGCCCAUCUGUGCGCUCCUAUUCCCACCUGUUCCUGUCUGUGCCCACCUGUGCCCACCUGUUCCUGUCUGUGCCCACCUGUGCACUCCUGUUCCCACCUGUGUUCACCUGUGCCCGCCUGUUCCCACCUGUGUCCGCCUGUGGUCACCUGUGCCCGCCCGUUUCCACCUGUGCCCACCUGUGCCCGCCCGUGCCCACCUCUUGGUUACUUGCACCCUUACAAUACACCGUGAACAUGAUAUAUUAA